UUUGUUUAUGACUGUAGUUCUGUUGGUCUGCUGCUCCUGGCGCUCACAGGUUCGACACGAGCUGUGAUUGGUGGAUUUGGACCAAUGAUUGUGAACAUCUGUGGUGACGUUAAGGGUAUGUGAGUUUUCGCGCGAAUGUGCAGAUGUUGUUUUCUGAAAAGAAGAGAAGAGAGCAGGAGAAGAAGAAGAAGAAGAAGAAGGAGUCGGCUCGUGUCUGCCUUUCAAGCCCAAACACUUGACGUGGUACCAUUAAGAUAUCAUUUCUGCUACAAUGGAAAACUGUGGAGAAAUCAAAGUGAAGGAGCUGAACAAGCGCGCCUCAGGUCACGCAUUUGAGGUCAUCUUGGGGCCCUCCAACACAGAUCCCAAGGAAUUUCCUAUAUCCCCUCUGAGGAAGAAGGAAACAUCGCUGGAUGAGAUUAAAAAGAAACUGGAUGCGGCAGAAGAGAGACGCAAGAGUCAGGGCGCUGAGGUGCUGAAACACUUGGCGGAGCAACAAGAGCACGUGAAGGAGGUCAUGCAGAAAGCCAUAGAGGAAAACUGCAACUUCAAGAAAACCACACAGGAAAAACUCCACCAGAAGAUGGAGACAUACGAGGAGAACCGCACUGCAUGGAAGUCAGCUCUCACUGAAAAAUUCAAGGAAAAGGACAAGAAGCUCGAAGAGGUGAAGAAGAACAAGAAGACGAUGCAAGCAAGAUAGAAUUAAGUUGUUUAUAAUCUGGAAAACAGUUACAUCUCCAAAGAUAAGCUUUACCUUUAACUGACUUUUACAUGCUGUUGUUUCUUUGUUCUAGUUCUAAAUAUGCUGUAAAAUGGAAGAUAGUUAUUGGACUACAUCCUGGUAGUGAUAGAUUUUUCUUUACACGUAGGUUCCUUAUUGGCAGCUAGCUACACUGUAAUUUCUGAGGUCUAAACUUUAUUUUUUCAUUGGUUGCAUUCUUUUUAUAUAAUUGGUCCUUCUUCUUCCUACUGUUGCUUCAUGUAAUGUUCUAACGGUCGGACAUACUGUAAGUUUGAAUAUGCUGGAUGAGAUUAAGGUUCUUGCAUUAAAGCAUUUUUCUACAAUUUA